AUGGAAAAUACUCUGAAUGCUGCAAUUGGAGAGGAGCCUGAAGCUGUACCACUGGAAGUCCAAGGCAAGACCACUGAAAAUACUCUGAAUGAUGCAGUUGGAGUGGAGCCUGAAACUGUACCACUGGAAAGCAGAGUCGAGCUCGAGACCAUGGAAAACACACUGAACGAUGCAGGAUGUCCGAGUAAAACGAGUGCUGAACCUGCCCUGCCUGAAAGUACAAGCGAUGGAGCACCAUGUGAAGACGGCGGUGCCACGGUGUACGCCAAUCCUGAUUCCAAGGUGUCUUUGGAGAGCCAUGGUGGUGAGCAAAAGGAGCAGGAUGAUGAUGGAGGUAAAGCAGAUGUUUCUGAAUCAACCGAGGGCGAUGCCACCGUGCCUGCAGAAACUCUAGCAACAGGAGCGAAUUCUGCAGCGCCUGUACCAGAAGCGGGCAAGCCGGAAGAAGGUGCUGAAGGAGCACCUCCAGAGGUAGAAGAAGCGGCCUCGGCAACACGCGAUAACGGUCCCAAGGGCGGCGACGACGAAAAGAACAAGGGCUUGGACGACGAGAACGAGAAGCUGAAGGAGAUGCUGCAGAAGCUCCUCGCCUCCGGCAACGACCAGAUGGGGGUCAUCGCGGAGCUGAGCGACAAGGUGAGGUCGCUGGAGAGGAAGCUCGCGGUGCACAAGAGGAGGAGGAGGCCCAAGGUGAGGGUGCAGCAACGUCCACUGAAGAAUGACCACGCUUGAUGGUUAAGUCUAUGUAUGUAUUGUUAGACUGAUGAUUACCGGCUUGAGCUGGUCUUGCGACAGGAGCGUCGCUAGUCUUGCGCCACGGGCGCCACCGCCUCUGCAUGCGCCAUGCAUGCAGUGCAGCCGGUAUUAUCCGCUGCUAACUCUCCACGAGAUUAGGAUCGAUGGUUAGCUUAGCUAGCGUGUGUGUGUAUUCUCUCUCCCUCUCUCUCCCUGAUGUACUGCUAUAUAUCUUUGUACUCCUGUGAGAGAUGUAUACAACUUGCAUAUCUUUGUACUC